UGACGAGUCACAAGUUGCGCGUUUCUCUCCGCGGGGCGUUUCUGUUUCUUCCUUCAGAGUCUGACUGCGGAUCACACGCGUCCAUGUUCUCCUCCAUCUCACACAACCAUGCAGAACCAUCACCUGAAGGAACACUUGUAUAAAAUACUGGUGAUCGGGGAUCUGGGUGUGGGAAAAACCAGCAUCAUCAAACGCUACGUGCACCAGAACUUCUCACCAAACUACCGCGCAACGAUCGGCGUGGAUUUCGCGCUCAAAGUUCUCAACCUGGAGCAAGAAACCGUCCGACUACAACUCUGGGACAUCGCCGGCCAGGAGCGUUUCGGGAACAUGACGCGGGUGUAUUAUCGAGAGGCAAUGGGAGCCUUCAUUGUAUUCGACGUCACGCGGCCGUCGACGUUCGAGGCGGUGACGAAGUGGAAGGAGGAUCUCGAUGCCAAGCUGAGUUUAUCCAAUGGCAAACACGUGGCGGCCGUGUUGCUUGCCAACAAGUGCGAUCAGGGCAGAGACGUUCUCACCAACAAUGGCAUCAAAAUGGAGCAGUUCUGCCAGGAGAAUGGCUUCGUGGGAUGGUUUGAAACUUCAGCCAAGGAGAAUAUUAAUAUAGAUGAGGCUGCACACUGUCUGGUGAAGCACAUUAUAGCUAAUGAGAAUGAUCUGCUGCAGUCAGAGGUUGCAGACACCAUCUCACCGCAGCAGGAUUCCAGCCGCGGAGGAGCCUGCUCCGCGUGUUUCAGGUCCUGAAGAAGAUCUCCAAAGGGUCCCGGAGGAGCACUUCUCCAUCUAACCUCAUCUUGACUCUUUCAGGUCUUUCUAUCACGCGUCUUCUCUUAUCUCAUCUCAUUCACGUCUCCUCUCGUCUCUGUUUAUCUGUGUCAGCGCCGGAGAGGCGACCCUGUCGCCGUUUCUUGGUUUCCAUGGUAACAAGACUUAUCGAACACUCUGCAGAGCAGAAAAUGUUUUAAGAGAACGAGACAGUGGUGAGAAAUUCAUGUGCAGAACUUCAAGAGAACUUCAGGCUCCUGCAGAAUCAAACCUUCAAAAGGCCAAAGCUGCAUUCUAGUGUCCGUUCAGUGAUUUUAUUACAAUUUUAUUACUUGCUUUGCCGUUAAUUCAUAUUUUUACUGACCAACAGAAAUCGGCUGAAUAAACAAAGUACGACAGCGUUUUAGUGCCACGUUAAAGUUUUUUCAAAAAUCUAAGAUUACGAGAUUAAAGUCAUAAUAUUUCGAGAAUAAAGUUGAAAUACUUCGAAAAAUAAAGUCAAAAUAUUUUGAGAUAAAUAAAGUUGAAAUAUUUUUUAAGUCGAAUCUUUACGAGAAUAAUGUCGAAAUACUACGAGAACAAAGUCGAAUCAUUACGAGAAUAAAAUAGAAAUAUUUAGAGAACAAAGUUGAAUCAUUACGAGAAUAAAAUCAAAAUAUUUCGAGAAUAAAAUCGAAAUAUUACAAGAAUAAUGUUGAAAUGCUAUGAGAACAAAGUCGAAAUAUUAUUUCGAGAACAAAGUCGAAAUAUUACAAGAAUAAAGUCAAAUCAUUACGAGAAUAAUAUCGAAAUAUUAAGAGAACAAAGUCGAAUUAUAUCGAGAACGAAGUCUAAAUAUUUCGAGAAUAAAGUUGAAUCAUUACGAGAAAAAAAUCGAAAUAUUUCGAGAAUAAAGUCGAAUCAUUACGAGAGUAAUGUCGAAAUACUACGAGAACAAAGUUGAAUUAAAUUGAGAACGAAGUCGAAAUAUUUAGAGAAUAAAGUUUAAUCAUUAUGAGAAUAAAAUCAAAAUAUUUCGAGAAUAAAAUCGAAAUAUUACGAGAAUAAUGUAGAAAUACUAUGAGAAGUUGAAAUAUUUCGAGAACAAAGUCGAAAUAUUAUUUUGAGAACAAAGUCGAAAUAUUUCAAGAACAAAGUCAAAUCAUUACGAUAAUAAUGUCAAAAUACUAUGAGAAUAAAGUUGAAAUAUUACAAGAAUAAAAUCAAAUCAUUACGAGAAUAAGGCAGAAAUUACGAGAAUAAAGUCUAAAUGUUUCGAGAAUUUAAAUCGUAUAAAUUAAAGUUAUAAUAUUUUGAGAGUAUAUCGCGCAUGCAAAUGGCCUGGAUUUAAGAGCACCGGGAGAAUUUGCCAGGCCACCAGAAUGUAUUAUUAUUUAUUUAUUUGAAUAUUGUUGCGUCCGAGCGGUCGCAUCAUCUUACUGGGAUGAGGAAGAGUCCAUUUUAGGGACUCGUGGAAACAGCUUAAUAUCAAGAAUAUGAUGUUUAUUAACAGACUGAACAGGAACAACUUUUUAUCUGAACAUCAGCUCACACACCCAAUCAAUAUUCCUUUGUAGGUAGCCGUAGCUCUCUUAUUUAACCCUUUUUAAUACAACAAAUAUAUGUGGGAUUAUUAGCAAAAAUCAUACCAUGUGUUAUACUCGCAGGGACGGUAUGCUUGGAAAUAAUAUUUCACGUCUCCGAUUACAUUCGUUAUUUAUACUGUGCCAGCUUUGUGCUUAUUUUAGUCUCUGCUUUCAAAAUCAGCUUUAUAGCAAAAUACAAACUGUGUGUCUUACAAUAAUGUGUUUUUCAACCUAUUUAACUGGGUGUGACAGAUCACUGAAUUCAUGUGAAUCAAUUCGUAAAAAGAAUUCAGAACUCCGUAAAAAGAAGUCAUUCUUCACAUUUAUUUAAUUAAAAACAACAAAACAUUCUAAAGGUUAAAGUGGAUGCCAACUCAUUAACAUAUGUUAUAUUGUUAUCUUUUGUGAGGUAUAUAAUGUUAAGUGACUUUUUACAAGCUGUACAUUUACUGUAUAAUACAGUAAAUGACUGGACAUACUAUUUAACAUCUUCCAUUCAUUAUUUGCAUUAUUUUAUUAUCCUGAUUUUAUGAAACAAAUGUCUCAUUGCGAUCUGUCACGCCACGUUAAACGAAAGAGUUUGAAAAACGCAUUAUUGUAAUAGACAUAUUGUUCGUAUUUCAUUAUAAAACUGACAGAAUUUAAAAGUUGAGACUUUGUAAUUUUUCCCGUGCUCCCAAUCUGGACCAUUUGUAUGAGCAAUAGGCUAUAGCCUGCUCAAAAUAUUAAAACAUUAAUCUCGUAAUUGCUUUAAAUUAAUUCUCAUAAUUUUGACUUUAUUCUCAAAACAUUUAGACUUUAUUCUCGUAAUCUUAGAUUUUUUUUCUUAACGUGGCACUAAAUCGCCGUCGCAGCAAAGAAAGCGAAUUAAAAACGAUAUAUCUUUACCCACUGAGCAGAGUGAAACAAUAUUUUCCAUGUUUUUCCAUACUCAUAAAUUAUGUAUGCAGCCCUUAAAAAUAUUCAUUCAUUUGAAUGUUUCUGCUACAUGCAAUUGCUGAUGUUUCCAAAACAGGGUUUUUGCAGGUUGAAAGUAAACAUGAAGCUUUUUAAGACUAAAUGUAAGAAAUAAAUUGAAAGGAAAACAACACAUCAACACUUUAAACACUUCAUUACUUCAUUCAUUUCACAACGUAAUAACUCAAACACUGCAAAUAUGGAAAUGACUUUUACUGUACUUUCAGAUCACACUGAAAAAAAAAGUGCUUGUUUUCCAAUGCAAAUGUCUACAGAUUCUUAAAUCAAGAUGUUUCGAAAGUGAAAUGUCAUAGUCUUGUUUUUAUGAGAAAUUGAUCAAAACUUUAGAGUUCCAUGAUUAAAACAAGAAAAAUAUUUGCCAAUGGGCUCAACUUAAUUCAAAGGGAAAACAAGUUUUAAGGCCCCGUUGACAUAUUUGUUUUUGCUUUAAACAUAAACUCGUUUAAUUGUGUUCAGUUUCUUACAAAACAAGACUUUGUAUGUUCAGUUUGCUUCUCAGGUAUUUUGAUUUCAAGAUGUUUAGGUAUUUGUAUUAGAAAACAAGACAAAAAUACUGAGGAGGAUGUUCAUUACUUGCAGUGUGUGCAACAUUAUAACACUAUCAUUUUUUUUUUAAGGCCUUAAGUUGUGGAAAGGUGGAACAUGACUUUUUGAAACCCUGUCAAAUGUUCAGAUUUUUGUCAUUUGCUUUAAACACUACAGUGCCAUCAACCAGCAACGUUUGUUCUUUUUUUUAUCAAGUGUCAGUUAUAUAUUUUAUUAGAGCAUAUAUGAUGAUGUCCUGUAAAUACCCCUCUAUUUACCCAGUAUACAGGAGAAGAGU